AUGCCUCGACCUGCAACACGCCCAGGGAAUGUGAACAAACAUCCUGGACAGAUAGUUCUUGAAGCGAGUCGCGUAGCACGCCCAAAGGAUGUAAUUGCAGCUGAAAAGAAAAAGGCGUCAGCAGAGAAAUUAGCCAAGGCAACCGCCUUGGAAAAUGCUCAAAAGAAGGUCACUGCAAUGGAAGAUGCUAUGGCUGUCGAGCAGAUGGCUCAACCUGUUGAGGCGAAAACGGUGUCCCAAAGCACUGACACCCCGAAGAAGAAAUAUCCAGGUUUGAAACUCACCUUCAAGGAUGGUGUCAAUGCCAGUCGAAAGGUGUCCAACAAUGGUACAUCAUCUACAACGGGAUUUGAACAAGCCGUAUCGACAGAGGAGGUGGAAGUAGGGAAGUGGGUUAGAAACGUGGCAUCGAAGUCCCAAUGGAAGCCAUCUGCACCACCAAGUGCACGUGCCAGUGUGAUCGCAACCAGGGAUGCGGACGUAUCUGAAGACAAAAACCUACCUGAAGAUCAUGAUGAGAGCGUAAUUGUGAGUCGGGGUGGUCAGGGUGUCGUGCAUAUGAUUGAGACUGUUGAUGAUGCCACGAGGGGACGAAAGUGUACCUUGUCUACGACCUUGUUGGAUGACCUCGAACCCAAAGAGUGGCGUGAAAUGGAAGAAGACCAAGAUGCCAACGAACAUAUUCCGGAUGAGGAUGAGGAUGUUGAGAUGACGGAUCAGCAGGGUGAUAUUGAGGUCUGUGAAGUAUCAAACAGUCGACUCACAAGCUCUAUGUCAGUUAGCGUCAUGGAUACCACAAUGGACAGUCCAAAAUCCAAGUACAUCAAAACCGAAAAUGGACGUGCGCAACAUACUAUACUCAAUCUGAAGAAAGAAAAGCCAAAGAAUUCUCACUUACCCAGCGCUGCUCAGAAUCUAAGCUUUCAUUCCAUAUUUAUUCCAAUGGUCAUGCACUGGGUCGGCAAUAACAGCUAUCCAUGGACCAUCCCCAAUGAGAAACUCUCAGACGUUCUUGAGGAUAUCUUCAUGGCGGUGUGUAAGCAGCCUGGAGACUUCAGGAAUGAUGAUGGCUGCAAUAUCGCCUUCAACCUCGUAUGCCAAAGGAUCUCUGAGUGGAGAGGUAACUUCGGCUCCACUGCUAUCACCAUUCUCAUGGCAUUUUUCGCCUCCACGGACGAAUACAAGACCAAGGGGGCACGCAAAGAAUAUGCCAAAUAUCAACUUAAAGAUUCACGCUUUGUAUAUGAAGAUCCAAAUAACGAAGACUCACCUGGAGCUUUCUUAUCGGAAUUCAUCUUGCGCAUCUUCGCUGUUCAACUCAAUGCCACCCAAGGACACCAGAUAAUUGACUCGCUCGACUUCGGCUUACCUGCAUAUCCAACGGCCCUUGCACUGACCACUGCAGCCGCCAAGCGUGCACUUAUUUUAGCUUGCGACGACCUCAUUGUGGAAGAUACUUCGGACCACGGGCAACACAAGAUCGCCCUAACUCUCAAUCACUCCACUAACAAAAUGAGUAACACAGGCACUGCUUUUCUGCGGGUAAUUGGGAGACUGACACACUCGCGUACAUGGAACGAAUUGAGGAGCUGCCCUUCGACCGCAUAA